AUGAAGCUUGCUAGUUUACUUUUCAGCACUACAGUCUCUGCGAUAAGCAUCCAGCCUCCAGCGGACGUCAGAGAAUUGCUCGAUGAGAGGCAAUCUUGCGCACCAAAGACUCAUGUGUUCUUUCAUAAAAAGCACAAGUCAGCUAGCUCGACACUUUCGGCAAUAAUGAAGGAUUGGUCGAAGAAGAACAGGAUGAAGAUGGCGAAAACACCCGUUCCAGCAUUUCUCGGAGGCUAUCCAGCUUCUUUCAACGACACGCUUGUCCGAGGCCUGCCCGACGACGACGGUAAGUUUGACGUGAUCUUACACCAUCUUAGAUUCGACGAACAAAAUCUCCAGAAAGUCCUCUACGACGAUACAGUCUACAUGACCUCGAUGCGAUCUCCUCUAAGCCACUUUGUCUCCGCAUUUGAAUUCUUUUACAAACGAUUUGCCAACACUGAAAACAUGGAAAACCGCGCUAAAGGCGAAAGUCUCAUUUGCUGGGGCGCACCAUACAUGCAAAUUUUAAAUAAUGAAAUUGGAAAGACAGCGAAUGAUUUCAUCGCAACUGUUGGCGAUAACUACGAUCCAAACAUGCCCUGGCAUUUCAGAGCCAAAAACUUUCAGGGGUAUGAGUUGGGCUUUGACACGAUGCUAGAAUCGGAUGAAGAAAUUGAAAACGCUUGGGAACUGACAGAUCGACGAUUCGAUUUGAUCAUGAUCACCGAGUACUACUGGGAGAGCCUGAUCCUGAUGAAGGACUUGCUCUGCAUGAGCUGGAUCGACUUGUAUAUCGACUCAAGGACCGUAGGCGCCUAUGAGAAGCCGACGUUUACCGAAUCUGAAGUGGCGAAGUUCAAAGAUUUCAACAGACUUGAUGAGUUUAUUUACCAAAAGUCAAACUCAACAUUCUGGGAUCGAGUUCAAGAGCGGCCAGGAGGAGUGACGAAAAUGGAAGCAGACGUCGCAAAAUUGAAGAGUCUCUACGCAUUUUGUAACGAUAAUGUCAAAGAAUGCUACGAUAUCAAGAUGUCAAAGAAAGCUCCUAGAUCCAAAAGAGCAACUGUUGAGGAGGUUCCAACUUAUGAUACAAGAGUUGAACUGAUCGAUGGAAUCAUGGAGGCGAUGGAGCAUGGCUACGGCUCAUGUGAUCUUGGAUUUUAUCAGAGAUACAAAGAUGCAAGUCCAGGCGAACGAGAAGCCCUAGCCAACAUUGAUACAUUAUAA